AUAAACCGCCAUUAUUUUCGUUGCACGACUGUCAAAAAGUGGUGUCCAAUAAAAUUGGAGCUUUUUAAAAUUAAACAGGAAGUUGUCUCCUUGUAACAGCCGAUUAGUGUUAAAGAAUUUUGAUUAAGAUCGUAUUAUGGCUCAAAACAUAAAUCCACAUUAUGCAUCGUCAUCUAAUCCUUCCAAACAAAACGAGGACACGAUAAAAUUGAAGGACAAUCACGCUGUAAGCAAACGAUUGCAAAAGGAACUCAUGGAGUUGAUGAGGUGUGCUGACAAAGGAAUAUCUGCAUUUCCCGAAAGUGAAAACUUGUUCAAAUGGAUUGGUACAAUUAACGGACCCUUAGAUACCGUUUACGCUGGUCAUAAGUAUAAAUUGGCACUCGAAUUUCCCAAUUCAUACCCGUACGCCCCGCCGUUAGUUAAAUUCAUCACGCCUUGCUUUCACCCUAAUGUUGACACUUGUGGAUUAAUAUGUUUAGAUAUUUUAAAGGACAAAUGGACAGCUUUGUAUGACGUCCGCACGGUUUUACUCUCAAUACAAAGUUUGUUAGCAGAACCAAACACUCAGAGUCCAUUGAACCAGCAGGCAUCGUGUUUAUGGGCAAACCAGGGAGAAUAUAAGAAAUAUUUAGAUGAAUUUUACAACAAACAUAAAGACUUAUAGUUUUUUCCAAUUUCAUUAUAGUUUGAGUGGUGCAUGUUUGCUUGCAAUGGAGAAACUAAUUUCAGACCUGAGUGUGUGGCAAAAUUAUGUUAAAAUUUAAUUUAUUUCAAACACCUAUCUCGGGGUUAAAACAGCUGAAUAAUGUAUAUUGUAAAUCACUGGCAAUUAUAAUUCUUUAGUGCAAUUUUA